ACCCGUAUAUUUUCUUCUUUAACACAGGGAUGCUUAUUGUAUUUGUUAAUGUCAUGGUGAUUUUACAAUUAUUAAAAACAAUUCAAUUCAGGUUAUUAUUUUGUUAAUUAGAAGGUAGAGUAAGAUUUCAUCAAACAAUUUCACCUGUAGCUGAAGGAGGAGAAUAAUCACUGGUCAAAAUAUUGCAAAAGUUUGUUUGGUUUAAACAAAAAAUGGCAAUGAGAGCCGAAAGAAUCGGUUCGUAUUGGUGAACCGAACCAAACGAUCCGACUCACUGAAAAGAGCCAGAAAUCUCAUCAAGUCCAGAGUUGUUCUUUCUGCAGCUGAGUCUAUUAGAUUUGAAUCCUUUCAGUGCUUUAAUAAUGACAACGCGCAUCAGACCGAGCAGUAAAAGAUGUGCUGUCAUUGGCGGCUCUGGCUUUUUGGGGAGGCACCUCGUUGAGCGUCUGGUGGAGAAAGGCUACUCAGUGGCUGUGUUUGAUAUUGCACAGAGAUACGAGGUUCCUGGUGUCGUAUUUCACCAAGGAGACUUGUGUGACAAACAGGCUUUGCUCAAAGUCUUGAAAGAUGUGUCACUAGUGUUUCACUGCGCUUCUCCUUCACCCGCCUGUGAUGACCGAAAUCUCUUCUGGAAAGUUAAUGUUGAAGGCACACGCACUGUUAUCCAGGCUUGCCAAGAGGCCAGGGUGCAGAAACUUGUCCUAACCAGCAGUGCCAGUGUGGUGUUUGAAGGAAUUGACAUCAAAAAUGGAAAAGAAGAUUUGCCUUAUGCAAAAAGACCCAUUGAUUACUACACAGAGACCAAAAUUCAACAGGAGAAGGUUGUCUUGGAGGCAUGCAGUAAAGAAAAAGAUUUCCUCACGGUGGCAAUUCGUCCUCAUGGGAUCUUUGGUCCGCGAGACCCCCAGCUUGUUCCCAUCCUUGUAGAUACAGCACGCAAAGGCAAGAUGAAGUUCAUCAUUGGGGACGGUACUAACCUAGUGGACUUCACCUAUGUGGAGAAUGUAGUCCAUGGUCACAUCCUAGCUGCUGAGCAUCUGAAACCAGACUCCCCACUCUUUGGAAAGGCGUACCACAUAACCAACGAUGAGCCGAUCCGUUUUUGGGAUUUUAUGUCCCAGGUGCUGGUCGGUUUAGGCUACGAAGCUCCUCGCUACCACCUUCCCUACACUCUUGUUUAUGGAAUAGCCAUGCUGCUGUGGCUGAUUACCUUUCUACUGCGUCCUCUUGUGAAUAUCAAGCCCACCUUCACCCCCAUGCGUGUGGCACUGGCUGGCACCCAUCACUACUACAGCUGUUCCCGUGCCAAGCAGGACAUGGGCUACCAGCCAGUGGUGAGGCUGCAAGAGGCCAUAGCUCGAACUGUGGCCAGCUACCCACAUCUGAAAAGAGGAGGAUAAUGUUUUAUUGAAGCUGCAUCAUGUGGACUGUGUGGAUCAGAUUUUGGUUGAUGCCCUCAAGUUAAAGCAGUAGUCUUGUUCCAGUUUAAAUGUGGGCGGAGAAAAAAAGUCACUCAGGAAAUGCUGCACAAGGUUUAUACAGUGCUGUGAAAAAGUAUUUGCCCCCAUCCUGAUUUCUUCUUUUUUUUUAUGUAUAUCUCAUCCUAAAUAGUUUUUAGAUCUUCAAAUGAAAUACAACAUAAAACAAAGGCAACCUGAGUAAACACACAAUACAGUUAAAUUUUUAUUGAAGCAAAAAAAAGUUAUCCAACACCUUUCACCCAUGUGAAAAACUAAUUGCCCCCUUCAACUUCAAAUCUGGUUGUGCCACCUUUGAACCAAACGCUUCCGAUAACUGGAGGUCAGUCUUUCACCUACUUCUAGGAAUAGGAUUUACUCCUAUGCUUUGGGUCAUUGUCUUGCUGUGUAAAGCAGUUGCGUUUAAGUUUCAACUUACAGACUGAAGGCUGGACAUUCUCCUUUAGGAUUUUCUGGUAGAGAGCAGAAUUCAUGUUUCCCUCAAUUAUUGCAAAUAGCACAGACCCUGAAGCAGCAAAGCAUCCCCACACCAUCACACACCCACCACCAUGCUUGACUGUAGGUAUGAUGGUCUUUUUGUGGAAUUAUGUGCUUGGUUUACGCCAGAUGUAAUGGGACGCCUGUGUUCCAAACAGUUCCACUUUCGACUCCUCAAUCCACAGAGCAUCCUCCCAAAAGGUUUGAGGAUCAUCAAGGUGUGUUUUGGUAAACUUCAGAUGAAUCUUAAUGUUCUUCUGGAUUAGCAGCGGUCUUCACCUCACCACUCUUCCAUGGAUGCCAUUUUUGCCCAGUGUCUUUCUGAUACUGAAGUCAUGAACAGUGACCUUGAUGCAAGAGAAGCCUGUAGGUCCUGUAGUUUGAUGUUGUCCUUUGCUCUUUUGUGACUUCCUGGAUGAGUCGUUGCUGUGCUCAUGGAGGAAUUUUGGAAGGUUGGUCACUUCUGGGAAGGUUCACUAAUGUGCCGAGUUUUUCCAUUUGGAGAUAACUGCUCUCGCUGUGGUUCUUUGGAGUCCCAGAGCCUUUGAAAUAGCUUUGUAACCCUUCCCAGACUGACGUAUGUCAAUCACCUUCUUCAUCAUUUCUGGAAUUUCUUUCAACUUUGACAUAGUGUAUUACUGUGUAAGACCCUUUUAAUCAACUUCAUGCUGUUGAAAAAAAUUCUAUUUAAGUGUUGAUUUGACUGAAAAGGGUUUGCAGUAAUCAGGCCUGGUUGCGUCUAAUCCAGCUGAACCCCAUUAUGAACGCAGUUUCAUAGAUUUGAAGAAUGAGUAACUACGGGGGAAAAUACAUUUUCACACAGGCCCAGUUGGUAUUGGAUAACUUUUUUUUUUGCUUCAAUAAAUAACAUUAUCAUUUAAAAACUGUAUUUUGUGUUUACUCGGGUCGCCUUUUGUUUCAUCUAAUGAUUUUGUUUUAAUUUCUGAAACAAUUUAGUAUGAGAUGUACAAGAAAUCAGAAGAAAUCAGGAUGGGGCAAACACAUUUUCACAGCACUGUAAAUAGAAAAUUCUGCACCACUGUGCUUAUUCUAAUACAUUAUAGUUUCUACACUAACAACUCGUUCACAUUUUUUAUUAAAAGUUUAAAAAUGUGAAAUUGUUGCUCGCUUUCUGUGAGGAGACAUUUAGCCUUUUGGGAAGGAGCCGUCAGUGUCGGUGCUUUGCAACCGAGGUAAAGCUGUAAUUUUGACAUUUUCUGACAUGGCAAAGUCUUCAGUUUCUUGUUGUCAUGAGUAACAAGUACGGCUUAAAAAAAAUAUUUUUUUUUUGCCUAAAUAAUUUGAAGAGCGAGCAAAAAAAAGAGAGAGAGGCUGGUUGGGGAACAACUAUUUAUAGUUGCUAUAAUGUAGGAAGUGAUCAUGGGAAUUAAAUUGUCUGUGUUCCACAACAUUGAAUGUAAGUAAUAUAUACCAAUAAAUACUGUGUUCAUCAGUAAAUAAAAAUGUGUUCUUGUUGAUGAUUUGCUGUGGCAUAAGAAGAAUAAAACACUUGGUACAUGC